CUCCCGUUUUCAGCUGAAAUUGUUUCGCAGAGAUCUGUUUUUGGAUCUUUAAUCAAAGAAACAAUCAAAACAAUGGAAACUCCUGCAUCAGCGAGAAGAUUUACAAGAUCACAGGUUAUGGCUGCGGUGAACAACAUCCCGACAUCAAGGAAAAGUGAAGAAUCUGAAAAGAAGGUUCUUUCGAGACAAAGAAACCUGAAAAACGACAGGUCGGCGCUUAUCGACAUUUCGAAUGAUUCCCCCAUUGUUGGCCUUGCUGGGGGAAGCUUGGAGUCACCUUAUUCCUUUGGCAAGAAGAAGGAUCAGCCCAAGAAGACUCCUGGAUCUGGAGAAGCCUUGCUUCGCAGUCAGGUCAAGACACUCCUGCAGAAGGUUGAAGAAGAAGCUGAGGUCUCCAAAUUCUCUUUGGAGCACCGCCCAUUCCUCCAUCUUCCUAGCGUCGCCCAUUCCCCAUCUGGGCUUCUAGCCCCAAUUCUGGCCGACAUACCUCAGUUCACUGUAACUGUACAGGGGGUAAUGGAUAUCGACAAAACGAAGCAAGAGGUUCAAGAAACUGAGAGGAGCGCUAUGAUUCGGUCUUUACUGUUGGAUUUCUCUGAGAAGUCAGAAAUCUCUGAUUCGUCGGAAUGCUCGUCGGCGCUGAGUUACCAAGAAGAGAUCAGUAAGAGUCCGGAGAAAGCACUGGAGGAUGACGACGCUUCAGUUUGGUCCAUUCAGGUCAAUGCUAGCAGUAAAGACGAAGAUGAAGAAGAAGUUGAAGAAGUCGAAGAAGCAGAAGGAGAUUAUUACUAUUACGAAGAAGAAGAACAAGUAGAAGGUGGUGGUGAACUGGUUGAUGGUCUUUGCGAAGGAUUGAGCAAGAUGACCGUUCAGGAGAAGAGAAUGCCUGAGUUCAAGGGUAAGCACACUCGAUUCGUGUACAACAGCGAUGAAGAGAUUGAAGGAGAAGAGGAAAUCUCGGAGAGUGUUCUAGGUUCCGCUUCCUCUUCUAUUUCACAUAAUGUCUUACGUUUGAAGGGUUUGCCCACUCCGGAAGGGAAGCACCUCCGCUUUCCCCAGGAAGAAGAGGAUUGA